GUACCAGCUUUAUUCGCCGAGAUUUUUGAUUAUCAAGAUAUUCGAAAGAAUUUUGUUUAUGAGCCAAACGUUGAAAUAGAUGGUGCUUAUAUUUGGGAUGACGUAAAAAUCAAAUCAAAUUGUUCU